GGUUGCACUCACCUGUCAACAACACACACCUACAGCCACAGCCGUGAUUUCCGGGUUCGAACAUACUUUCUCGCUGCAGGUGUUUCCAAAGGCGGAUGAAGUCAUCGAUGUCUUCAUGGCAAGAAGACGACUCGGCGAUGUGCGCCUAGCAUGGCGGUGCCCACCGCAGCGACCACCCAGGGAUGGCGCUCAUCGGUGAACCGGACCCCCCAGUCCCGCACCGUGUCCCGGCGGUCGGCGCUCAUGCUGGGCUCCCUGCUCGCCGCUCUCCUCGUCCUGCUGCUGCUGACGCACCGCCUGGCCGCUACGACCGGCCGGCCGGCGGCGGAGCUCGACGCUGGCUCGGCGGUGUGGAGGAGGAGGCUGGAAGAGGCGACGGGCGACGCGGCCUCCGGGCGCUCCUCGCGGGCGCUCGCCGACGAGGCUGUCCCCCGGAGGGUGUCGCCGAGGUUCGCGGGUAGACUCGGCCCGCUCGGGGAGGGCACCAAGAAGCUGCCCCAGGCGCUCAUCAUCGGCGUGAAGAAGGGAGGCACCCGGGCUCUGCUGGAGUUUCUUCGGGUCCAUCCUGACAUCAGGGCCGUGGGGGCCGAACCGCACUUCUUUGACCGCAACUAUGACAAGGGCCUGGAGUGGUACAGGGACCUGAUGCCCAAGACCCUGGAGGGCCAGAUCACCAUGGAGAAGACCCCCAGCUACUUUGUGACCAAAGAGGCCCCGGCCCGGAUCCGGGCCAUGUCCCGGGACACCAAGCUGAUCGUGGUGGUGAGGGACCCGGUGACCAGGGCCAUCUCGGACUACACGCAGACGCUGUCCAAGAAGCCCGACAUCCCUUCUUUCCAGAGCCUGACCUUCAAGAACAGGACCACGGGGCUCAUCGACACGUCGUGGAGCGCCAUCCAGAUCGGGAUCUACGCCAAGCACCUGGACAACUGGCUGCAGUACUUCCCCGUGGAGCAGAUCCUCUUUGUGAGCGGCGAGCGGCUCAUCAGCGACCCGGCCGGAGAGCUGGGCCGCGUGCAGGACUUCCUGGGCCUGAAGCGCAUCAUCACCGACAAACACUUCUACUUCAACCAGACCAAGGGCUUCCCCUGCCUCAAGAAGGCCGAGGGCAGCAGCAAGCCCCACUGCCUGGGCAAGACCAAAGGCCGCGCUCACCCCGACAUCCACCCCGAGGUGGUCCGCAGGCUGCGAGACUUCUACCGCCCCUUUAACAUGAAGUUCUACCAGAUGACCGGACGCUUCUUCGUCUGGGAGGACUGACGGUGCCUCGCUGGGGAACAUCAGGGAGAACGUGAGGGACAUGGCGUCCGGACUCCAAAAUAUUAGCCAUCUUUGAAGAAGUGGGAAAUCGGGAUAAAGCCAGCAUUUAUAAUGACGUGCUUUUACUUUGAAAGGAUGGUUUGAUGGUUACAAGCACUUGCAGUGGAACCUUGGUUUUCCUCAUGGACCUUUUCCAUGAGGUCAGACGAAAAGAUGGCUAUGCUUACAUUACGGUACCUUAACCCCGGGACUCGCACUGGAGCCUUCGUGGUCCUGAUUCAGUCCGUCUUGCCGCUCACACUGACUCCGGAAUAAAAUGGUGUAAAAAAGAAUUAGCAAAAAUUAUUUUUUCAAUUUCAAAUAUUUUUUUUGCUUGAUUGGAUAAAAUGACACAAAUGUAGCAUUUUUAAUGCUUAUUUAAUUUGGCUAAAAAAAUUUGCAAAAGAAUUUCCAUAAAAUUGUGUAAAAAAAAUUUGCACAUUUUUUUUUUCAAUUUCAAAUAUUUUUUUUUUGCUUGAUUGGAUAAAAUGACACAAAUGUUGUCUCCAUUCCGUUUGACCGUACGAUAACUGAGACAACGCACCAAGAGCAAGGCAUAUUUUGGCCAAUGAUUGUCAUGGAAACCCGAGGUUCCACUGCAUCCGGAUCCAACAUUCAAACAAAAUCCUUUUCCGUGGAUUUCCAGAUCAUGGAUUAAUCACAUGUUAGAGCGUUGCCUUUAAAUCACAAAACCCUGACUUCUUUAGUUCUUGGUUUUUUCCCUGGAGACCAAGUAGUCCCGUCUUCCGUUGCCCAAGUACGCAGUCGUCCCACUUUGGGUCGGGGGUGUCGUCCCGGGAUGAUCAGACGCUACGGAAGGUCGUUUGUUGUUUGUGGUGUUUGUUUGGCGGUGAUACAGAUUGACAUUAGGAGUGAUUGAUUGCCAUAUCUAUAAAGUAUAAAUAUAUAAAUCUAUUUUAUAGCUGCUUUGGAAUCAUACCAGUUUUGUAUUGAAAAGAAAAGAAGUAUAGGAAGUAUUUUUGCAAAUGUAUUUAUUCCACACGUAUUUUCAAUACGCUUCAGCUUCCACCUAACAAAGUUAACGCUCACCCCA